AUACGCCACCUCUGUUGUUAUUUUUUAAACUCUUGGCCAGACUCUGUACAACAUGAGAUGCAGGUUAUCUGCCGGCAUGCACUCCCCAGCCAGUGACCAAACUGCCUAUACCGUCGUCUUUAUUCCCCGCUACCGGCCUUCCCCGUUUAUACCUUAUUACAAUUGUACUUGCAGCAGCUAAACAAGCGGGAAACAUUUCUCGUGCAUAUCAUCUAUAUAUAUCAACCACCCUUAAAACCCAUGAUCAUCCUGCGCAUGUAGGUUGGCAUAAACGCUAGGUCCAUGUUCCAAUAGUUUCAAGAAUAUCAGCAAUAAUCCCUAUUUGUCUAAAGCGUAACGGCGUAACGUUUUUCUCUAAUCUCUUAUAUUACCCACCGAGCUUCUAUAGGCUCUUAGACACUACUAUGCCUCAACCUGAUUAUAACACCUUAUCGCCUGCCGAACUGCAAGCUCUACUGAACGGUCCAGGUCUGACACCACCUCCUGGAGUAACUCCCAACCUGGAUAACCCACCAAACAAGGCCACGCUGGCACGGUGCGUUAUCGGUGUAUUCUUAACGCUCGGCUCCAUCUUCGUUUUACUUCGAGUGUAUGGUGUUCUAUUUGUACUUAAGAAGCGAUAUAUGUCUGACUGCUUGAUGGUUCCAGCCUAUGGCCUGUACCUGGGAUUUACCAUACUCCUACUCACUCAGUCUGGCGUCGGCUCAUUUGUGCACCAGUGGGAUUAUCGCUUCAGAGACCUUGGCCAUCUCUUCUUUUUGUUCAACAUCGCAACAAAUCUAUCCGGUGUGGCGUUUUUACUAAUCAAAGUCAUGAUUCUAUUGGAGUGGCUGCGCAUUUUUGUGCCGAGAGGGACGCGGAACGCCUCCUUUUGGGUCUCCACCAUCCUUAUCACUAUAAACGUUCUAUUCUACUCCGCUGCCUUGGUUGCAGUCGACCUCGCGUGUAUUCCAUACAAGAAAAUAUGGGAUCGCCUGACACCAGGCCACUGCGUGGAUUCCAAGAUUAUAAUUGUUACAUCUUCUGCCAUCAACCUGUUGAUCGACAUUUCGAUCCUUAUCCUGCCACAGCGGAUUAUCUGGAAACUGCACAUGUCAUCUCGAAGGAAGUUAGGAGUAGCUGCAAUAUUUGCUGUCGGAUUGCUAGGCUGUGUCGCUGCUGUGGUUAGGAUGGUCGUUUCGAUCCAGUACUCUCAUUCUAGGGAUGAGACCUACACAUUUUUUACUGUUUGUGUGUGGUCGGUCGUUGAACAGACCUGUGGUCUCAUUAUUUUCUGCGUACCUGUUAUUCCAAAGACAUUUCAAGGCAUUCAAGCAUCCAUAACCAUCUCUAGCCUGAUGUCCUGGAAGAGUUUUUUCUCCCGGUGUUUCAAAGUGAGAAGGAACUGGAAGAAUACCCUAUCGUUGCCCCGAGCCGAGAGUGACGCAAUACACCCCAGCCUAUACGACAGGCUUGACGGAGAUGUUUGCACACCUCUAAAUACACUGACUCCACAAGAGCACCUAGCUUCUCAUACGGACCUACCUAGGAAGAGUCUGGGCAUCCAUCAAAUUUAGCCAUGAGUAGCGAAAUUCAUUACUGUGCCCAAUCAUUACUCGGGAAGGACUUAACGCAACGAGUAAUAGGCUUCUUCCCGGGCACAGUCUGACGGCUUGUACCACGACAAUCCACCGGUUAAGCAGGUUGUAACAAGCCUUGAGUCAUUUAGAGACAAAGGGGCGAUGGAGUAGAAUAGUUAGCAUAGUUCUCUGAUCUUAUAUAGCGCUGUUAAUCUCACGAAUUAGUUAUCAUCAAAGAGCAGAUUAUCGGGAAUAUAAUAUCCUGGUAAGAUCACAGCUUAUAAGACACUUUUUGGGGGUCGAACCCAUGCGGCCAGCUUAUCCCACAAAGCCACGCAGGG